AUGGCUUUACGUGACUGUCAGUUAGGAAACAAACCAGGGCCAUCAUCCAAGCUGCCAUUGGAGGAGGAGUUGUUCAUGGUCGCUGUUAGAUUAAGAGUAGGACUUACACUGCCAGAUCUGGCAUUGAGAUUUGGAAUCAGUGAAGCAAGUGUCAGCAAAAAUUUUUCUGCAUGGAUUAAUCUGCUGUAUUUCCACUUAAAAGAUCUCUGCCAAAUGCCUGACUAUGAGGAAUGUGGAAAGGCAAAUCAGUUCUCAUCAUUCCCUGACCUCAAAGUUAUUGUGGAUUGCACUGAAAUCUUUACCCAGAAACCCUCCUCAUUAAAGGCCUGCAAAGAAGUAUACUCAAAUUACAAGAGUCAUACAACCUUUAAGUUUCUAGUGGCAAUAAAUGCACAUGGAGCAAUUGUUUAUGUGUCUCGAGCAUGGGGAGGCAGGACAUCAGACAAACACAUCACAGCAAGCAGUGCAGAAUUUAUUGCUACCCUAAAGGCAGGGGAUGAAUUAAUGGCUGACAGAGGAUUUGAUAUCAAUGAAGCAAUGGAAGAAAAAGGAGUGAAGGUUACUAUUCCAGAUUUUAAAGGAACAGGCAGAUCACAACUAAAAAAACACGAGGGAAAGCGCUCAGAGAAGAUUGCAGAGGCAAGAAUACACGUUGAGAGAGCUAUCCAACGAAUCAAAACUUUUCAGAUCCUGUGUAAACCAAUUCCACUCUCAAUGGCUCAUUUAGCUGAACAAAUUUUUACUGUGUGUGCAUAUCUGGUUAACUUUCAAGCACCUAUCUUAAGACAGUAA